AUGGAAUCAGAAGGCCAUUCAAGUAUUUUGUAUGAGGAAAGUGAAGAUGCCAUUGAUCCAAUUCACGAUAUCAUUGACUAUUUAGUAAGGUGCGCAAAUGUUUCAUUUAAAAAUUCAAGCAUUGGUGAAGCUGAGAUUAGAACAACUGAUAAAAUUGAAAUGGCUUACAAGCUUUACCAAAAAUCACCCACACUAUUUUUGAUACAGUUUGGAAAAUAUCUUUCGCCGAAUCAUUUAUCAUAUUUUGAAAAUCUACAUGACGAAAAUUCUAAAAAUCCUGCAUUUAUUGAAUGUGUCAAAUAUUUAAAAGCUUAUCAUUCUGACCGAAGUAGGCAUAAAAGAAUAAGAAACAGACGAUACAAAGCAUUACAAAAGAUGCAAGAGGAAACUGACUAUUUUAGUGAAAGACAGAUGAUGUUCCGUAAUCCCCUUUUAUAUGAUCAACUAAUUGGUCAGUAUCUAGAUGAUGAAGAAAUCUUAAGGCGGGAUGCUGAAGACAGUAAAGACUUGACAUUCUUAAAUAUUAUUUUGAGUACUGUUGACAUGAAUGAAAUGAAAGAGAUAAAACAUAGACAAAUGCUUGAAGAAAGCUUAGAGUCUGGAGAAGGGAAAAAACUAAAUGAAAACUGUGAUCCAAACAUUAAAAAUAAUAAGAAAAUGUGGGGUGACUUUGAUGAACCUGAUUCUAGACCCACACCUAAGUUUGAAACAAGAACUGAAGCAACAAUAAGCAGUCAUGAGAGAGCAAUGCUUCGUGAGGAAUUUUUUCAAGAAAUGUUUAGUAGUUUCCUCGAAGGCAGAGAUGAACAUAUUGAUUAUAAUUCUAUAGAUAAUAAUGAACAGUAUGAUGAUCUGCAGCAAAUUUCACAAGAUGCAGAAGAUAAAUAUUUUGAUUCUGAACUAAAUGAUGUUGAUAAUUUAGAGGAGCAUAUGAAACUUGUUGAAGAGUAUGGUAGAAAAAUAUCAAAGGAUACUUCUAAUGAUCCGUUGGAUGUAUUUAUGAAGCAUAUUGAAAGUAAAAUUAAUUAA